AUGCUAUUCGCAGCCUUGCUCGUCCUGGGCUCCGCCGCCGUCGACGCCGCCACCGUGUGGGAUGGCUCGCGCUUUGCCUGGUACAACACGGACGCCGGGAAUGACUUCAAGAGCGCCUUGCCCAUCGGAAACGGGAGGUUGGGGGCUGCUGUCUUUGGUACGCCCACGGAAAAGCUGGUGCUAAAUGAGAACUCGGUCUGGAGCGGCGGGUUUCUGGACCGGGCGAACUCGAGAUCCAAGGAUGCCGUCCCCAAGAUCCGGCAGAUGUUGAUCGCCGGGGACAUCACCGGCGCCGGCCAGUCGGCGAUGGAUAACAUGGCAGCCAACCCGACCUCACCGAGGGCGUACAACCCGCUGGUUAACAUGGGUAUUGACUUGGGGCACGGCUCUGGGAUCGGAUCCUACACGCGCUGGCUGGACACGCUCGAGGGGACCGCCGGCGUCAACUACCUCCAGGGCGGCACCAACUACAGCCGUGAAUAUGUGGCCAGCUACCCCCAUGGCGUUCUCGCUAUUCGCCUCACCGCCAGUGCCCCGGGCAAGCUCAACGCCAAAAUCUCACUGUCCCGUAGCAAAUGGGUGACAUCUCAAACGGCCAAGACUGAUAGCGGUACGGGCGGUCACAAAGUCACAUUGAGCGGCAACAGUGGCUCUGACGCCCUUGCUUUCUGGUCCGAAGCUCGGGUGGUGAAUUCAGGGGGUGUGUAUCACCCGAAAGGGCUGUUACCGUAUUCUAUGGUGGCUGACUCUCACAUAGGCACUGCCACUUCUCCCGACGGCAAAUCCAUCUCCAUCUCUGGCGCCAACACGGUUGACAUAUUCUUCGACGCCGAGACGUCGUACCGAUAUGCCGAUGCUACCGCGGCGCAGGCCGAGCUGAAGCAGAAGCUCGACGCUGCCACGGCCGCGGGCUACCCAGCCGUUCGUAGCGCCGCCAUCGAAGACUUCAGCAGUCUCAUGAGCCGCGUAAAGCUCGACCUCGGGUCCUCGGGCGACGCCGGACGGCAGCCCGUCACUACCCGACUGCAAAAUUUCAAGAACAACCCCAACGCCGACCCCCAGCUGAUGACGCUCAUGUUCAACUUUGGCCGCCACCUCCUCGCCUCGUCCUCGCGCGACACGGGUCCGCGCUCGCUGCCGGCCAACCUGCAGGGCCUCUGGAACCAGGACUACGACCCGGCGUGGCAGAGCAAGUACACCAUCAACAUCAACCUCGAGAUGAACUACUGGCCCGCGCUGGUCACCAACCUAGCCGAGACGCAAAAACCCGUCUUCGACCUCCUCAACGAGGCCAUCCCGCGCGGCAAGGCCGUAGCCAAAACCAUGUACGGCUGCAACGACGGCUUCGUCCUCCACCACAACACCGACCUCUGGGGCGACGCGGCCCCCGUCGACAAAGGCACCCCCUACACCAUCUGGCCCAUGGGCGCCGCCUGGCUGUCGGCCGACGCCAUGGAGCACUACCGGUUCACGCAAAACAAAACCUUCCUCUCCACCACCGCCUGGCCCAUCCUCCGCGACGCCGCCCGCUUCUUCCACUGCCACCUCUUCCAAUGGAACGGCCACUGGACCGCCGGCCCCUCCCUCUCCCCGGAACACGCCUUCACCAUUUAA